UGGGGUAAAGGUAUUUGUGUGGGAUCUUCUACGCCGAGUAUAAUAGUGUGUGAACAGAGCUUCGAGGCUGGGGACUGGCUGAGGGGCAGAGUUCGAGGACAAGUGCUUUGUAGAGGCUUGUGGGAAAAGCUUCCAAACUGAGGAACUAGGGCAAAAGGCGUGUGUUGUGUAAGCUGCCGUGUUGCCCUGAGGGAUAUAAACAAAGCUAUAACCUUGACUAGAACUGGGGUGGUGCUUGUAAGCAGGAUGGAGCCUGGGAGCUUGGGCUAGAGUAGACUGCUAAGGCUAGAGAAAUAGAUGGUGGGUCCAAGUUUGGGUCCACAAACACACCAUUCUCCCAAAGCCACAUCCGUGGCCCUGUGCUCAGGCCCUGGGUCUUGACCAUAAGACACCAGGAUGCCCCUCGAGCUGGAUCUCAGGCCCUGGAGGAAAAAAAACUUCACGACUGCCCAGAAAUGAGGACGAAGAGGUCCCAACAGGACAUCCUACUGUCGUAAUCCGCUGUGUGAGCCAGGGUCCUCCGGGGGCUCUGGUGGGGGCCACACUUCCAGUGCAUCAGUCACCAGUGUCCGUUCCCGCACCAGGAGCAGUUCUGGGACGGGCCUCUCCAGCCCCCCACUGGCCACCCAGACAGUCGUUCCCCUACAACACUGCAAGAUCCCGGAGCUGCCGGUUCAAGCCAGCAUUCUAUUUGAGCUGCAGCUCUUCUUCUGCCAGCUCGUAGCCCUCUUCGUUCACUACAUCAAUAUCUACAAGACAGUGUGGUGGUACCCACCUUCCCACCCGCCUUCCCACACCUCCCUGAAUUUCCACCUGAUCGACUUCAACUUGCUGAUGGUGACCACCAUCGUACUGGGCCGCCGCUUCAUUGGGUCCGUCGUGAAGGAGGCUUCUCAGAGGGGGAAGGUCUCCCUCUUUCGCUCCAUCCUGCUGUUCCUCACCCGUUUCACCGUUCUCACGGCAACAGGCUGGAGUCUGUGCCGCUCCCUCAUCCACCUCUUCAGGACCUACUCCUUCCUGAACCUCCUGUUCCUCUGCUAUCCGUUUGGGAUGUACAUUCCGUUCCUGCAGCUGAACUGUGACAUCCGCAAGACAAACCUCUUCAGCCACAUGGCUUCCAUGGGUCCCCGGGAGGCUGUCAGCGGCCUGGCACGGAGCCGGGACUACCUGCUGACUCUGCGGGAGACGUGGAAGCAGCACACGCGGCAGCUGUACGGCCCAGACUCCAUGCCCACCCACGCCUGCUGCCUGUCGCCCAGCCUCAUCCGCAGCGAGGUGGAGUUCCUCAAGAUGGACUUCAACUGGCGCAUGAAGGAAGUGCUGGUCAGCUCCAUGCUGAGCGCCUAUUACGUGGCCUUCGUGCCUGUCUGGUUCGUGAAGAACACUCAUUACUACGACAAGCGCUGGUCCUGCGAGCUCUUCCUCCUGGUGUCCAUCAGCACCUCAGUGAUCCUCAUGCAGCACCUGCUGCCUGCCAGCUACUGCGACCUACUGCACAAGGCCGCUGCCCACCUUGGCUGCUGGCAGAAAGUGGACCCAGCGCUGUGCUCCAACGUGCUGCAGCACCCGUGGACUGAAGAAUGCAUGUGGCCACAGGGCGUGCUGGUGAAGCACAGCAAGAACGUCUACAAAGCAGUGGGUCACUACAAUGUGGCCAUCCCCUCUGACGUCUCCCACUUCCGGUUCCACUUCUUUUUCAGCAAACCUCUGCGGAUCCUCAACAUCCUCCUGCUGCUGGAGGGUGCCGUCAUCGUCUACCAGUUGUACUCCUUAAUGUCGUCUGAGAAGUGGCACCAGACCAUCUCACUGGCGCUCAUCCUCUUCAGCAACUACUACGCCUUCUUCAAGCUGCUGCGGGACCGCCUGGUACUGGGCAAGGCCUACUCAUACUCGGCCAACCCCCAGAGGGACCUGGACCACCGGUUCUCCUGAGCCCAGGGCAACCCAGGGACCGCAUCCAGGCUUCAGCCAGCGGAUCCCUGGGAAGGGGCUGUUGGGGAGGGGGGGGUGGGGAAAAAAACCCAAAAACUGACAAAAAAAAUCCACCAGAGCUUUGUAUUUUUGUUACAUACUGUUUUUUUCUUUGAUAAUUGAUAUGAUUAUGAGGAAAAAAAGUCCUAUUUUUAUACUGCUAA